AUGAAUCAAAGGAAAUAUGCAUUAGAAUUGCUAGCUGAAGCUGGACUUCUAGGAUGCAAACUAGCACCUACUCCUAUUGAUAAUGUAAAGAGAGUUUCAUUUACUAUAGGGGAACCUUUCUCUGAUAUUCUUGCUUAUAGACGUCUCCUUGGACGACUUAUGUGUCUAACAAACACAAGACCAGAUAUCACGUUCUCUGUCCACCAUUUAGCACAAUUUCUCUCUAAACCAUCUAUUGCUCACUAUGAUGCAGCCUUGAGAAUUCUUCAUUAUGUCAAGAAUGCUCCUAGUCUUGGACUGUUUUUUCCUUCAUAUUCUUCUCUUCAAUUAAAGGCAUACAGUGACAGUGAUUGA